GCCGCCAUUAUCAAGCUGUCAAAUUAAAACCGAUGUCCUGUCUGCUGUCCAAUAAAAUUUGAGCUUUUUAAAAUUAACAGGAAGUCGUUCUUCUAACAGAAAUUCUGUGGCAUCUGAUUUCGAUUUUUCGUUGAAUAAUGGCUCAAAAUAUAAAUCCUCAUUACGCUUCUUCGUCGAAUCCAGCUAAACAAAAUGAGGACACGAUAAAACUCAAAGAUAAUCACGCUGUCAGCAAGCGAUUGCAAAAAGAGUUGAUGGAGCUUAUGAGAUGUGCCGACAAAGGAGUAUCAGCGUUCCCGGAGAGCGAAAACUUAUUCAAAUGGAUAGGAACAAUAAACGGCCCCCAGGACACAGUAUACGCGGGUCACAAGUACAAAUUAUCAUUGGAGUUCCCAAAUUCAUAUCCAUACGCGCCCCCCGUAGUGAAAUUUUUGACGCCCUGUUUUCAUCCCAAUGUAGAUACUUGUGGUUUAAUAUGUUUAGACAUUUUGAAGGACAAAUGGACGGCUUUGUAUGACGUCCGUACCGUUUUACUGUCGAUACAGAGUUUGCUGGCGGAACCCAACACUCAGAGUCCGUUAAACCAGCAAGCAUCAUACCUUUGGCCAAAUCAGGCAGCCUACAAGAAGUACUUAGAUGAAUUUUACAGUAAACAUAAAGACUCAUAGUUGAUUAAAUAAUUUUGAUUGUAUUUCUUAUUGAGUUGCAUUGUAUUUUGUGUUGCGGAUGUUUGAAUAUGUUUGUAAUGAGAGUGGGAGCACGUUAAACUGUCUGUUGGAUGAGUACAACUUUUUAAUGUUAAUUUUUUGGUUUGUCCCACUCUGGUUUGGACAAUGUUUUCUAUUCAGGCUGGUCCCAGUAUCACGAAUCCUUUAUUUAUUUCUUUAUUAGCUAAUAUGUGACUGCAUUCACGAGAAAUAUAUAAUGGAAUGUCUUUUUGCACAUCUGUUAUACUUUCGUCAUAAACAGACAUAGAGUAAUGUGCAAAAGGCUGCCUUAACACAUUAAGCAAUCUCUUCUGGAUAAUUCAUGUAGCCUUUAUUUUAGUACCUCAGGUUGUAACCAAAAAGUAUAUAUUAAUGACAUUUCCCUUUGAACAUAAUUACUAAAAAAACUUUUAUCUUGAAUUGGGUCAUGUCCAAAUGGCUCCCUUAAUCAUGUUGGUCAAUUCAUGUAGCUUUUAUUUGCCAAAGUCAAAUUCAAACUCCAUUCUUCCACUGGUUUGGUCAUACUGAUGUUACUGAUAAACUGGUUUUUCCCGCUAGCUCUGGCCAAAAAAAAGAACCUGGAACAUUUAAAUGUGCAUUAUCACUAAAAAAACCUGAAAAAAUACUGGGACUGCCUCCAUUAUUCUGUUAUCGUUUUUUAAAUGUCUUGAUUAGUAAAUCUGUCUUUGAUUUUUCGUGCUCUUGUCUCUGGUUUAAUUAAGAUGGAGUUUAUAUAUAUUGAAUCACUGACAAUUAUAAUUCUUUAGUGCAAUUUAA